AUGCUUAGCGUUAUCAGUCAUCAUGCACAUCUCCUUCUGGUCUUGGCAAUGGAGCUUAUGAGCCGCGUUCCGCGCAGUAUCUUGAUGCGUCUUCGGAAGGCGCUGGGCGGUGCAGCAGUCCACUGGCUCGUCGUACCAGCCAUACGUUUCCUGCAGAAGCAUGAAACACCCCUCUUCGUCAAACCCUGCCGGGCCUCAUAUCAAAUUCGAUCAGAGAUGUCUGCCAUGCGCCUUGCCAGGUCGAUGUCCACCAUCCCCAUCCCCCGCCCUAUCCUCGGCGUCUCAUGUUCGGCAGGCAAUUGGAUCAUCAUGACUCGCAUCAAAGGCGUCACCUUAGGGUCGAUCAUCGAGCAAAUGCCUGACGAAGACCUGCAACGCAUCACAGCGCAGCUGCACGCAUACUUUCUGCAGCUUGCCAGCAGCUUCUGCGGCCCGUUUCAAAAUCUCGAGGCGAUGAUGGAUCAAAUCGGCUGCAAGCUGCGCCGUGACUGUGGCCCGCCUGUCUUCACCCACGGCGAUCUCGCUUGUCACAACAUCAUGGUCGACCCCGAGUCCGGCAAUGUCACCGGAGUGAUUGAUUGGGAGCAGGCAAUGUGGGGCCCUCCAUUCUGGGAGAUGGUGAAGGGACGCAUGUCCCUGGUUGCGUAUGAUCCCAAUACUGUGGGAGUCGCACGAUGGCAAUCGAGCUUGGCCGGCAUCCUCGGCACUGGAUUUGAAGAGGAGCUUGGGGAGGAACAACGCACGCUUGAGUGGGGGAUACCAUGGGACGCUCUGGAGAGCGAGCAUUCCGGACACAGGGCGCAUCCGCGAAGUGCCAACAUAGGCGUUCUCAUCCUUCGAUUGUAG